CAGAAAAUCGAAGGAAGGAAGGAAGGAUAGAACGAGACCCUCUCAUUCCCUCCUCAUUCCUCCGCAAUUCGCAGAUUUGGGCACUCGGCUCACCCCGCAAUCCCUUCUCGCCCUUUCUCCCCGCUUCCAACGACCCUCGAAUUCUCUCGCAUCAUUGAGUGACAGGAAUUUGCGUGGUCCGAGGCACCACACUGAGCAUCUGCUGCGUUCUCGCUGCAAUCUCGUCUCUGAAGCUGCGCAUUAUCUCCAAUUUGUUUGUUGUAAAGCUGCGGAGCUAUGGUGGGCACCAUGCUCGCCACGACGCCCUGCUUGCCUACUACCCCCACUUCUCGCCUCUCAAACAGGGUAUGGAACUCCGUCUCUCAUGGUAGAGACUCCCUGCGAACUUCUGUGAGACCAGCAGUGGUGAGAAUCACAUGCUGCAGUGGCGCCACUCCCAUUGUAGAAGCGGUGGACGUUAGUCAGGAGGUGGGUUCUGCUACCAGCGCCCGCUUCGGUGAUGUGUAUGUGGCCAGCGUCCCGCUCCGAGCACCCAAGCUCGCUCAGGAAAUUUUUGAGGCGGUGAAGGAUUUGGAGAUGUUUUCGGAAUUCCAACAUUUUAUGACUAUCGUCAAACCCGUAGGGAAUGGCGAUUUGCCUUGCACGGUAUUGGACUUCCAGCCCCAAAAUCCUGAGGAUCCCAUGACGGUUUUAUCCGUCUUGAUCGGAAACAGUAUUCCCGGUGUAAUACUGGAGAGAACUUUGUCAAGGUUGCCGAACCAGCGGUGUUGGUGGGUAGGGGAAAUGAAACCAGGCUUGAGUCUGGAAGAUGCUGUGAAGUUUAGCAGAGGCUAUUCUUCGGAGCUGAGCCUCGGUAUCAACGACUGUCGGCAUCACACUCUAGAUUUAGUGGAGUAUUUGACUGGGACAAAAAUGAAUCACAUUGAAGAAGUUCGCACUGUUAAGGAAAGACAGCAACGGAUGGCAGAGGAGCUUAAAAAUAAUUCCACACAAUCGUCGGAAGAAUCGAUGGACUUGGAGGACGUCAAUUGAAAUACACAACAGGGACAAAGUUGAAAAAAAGAAAAACUGCAGUCUAGACUUCUUGAUCAAUUAAGCAACUGGAGGCUUCUAUUAUCACGAACACCUAUUAAGUAAGCUCGUCCAUCUUUAUGUAGGUAGAGUGUUGAUUAUCACCUUCUCCACGGUGUUGUAGGAGAACCUACUUUUGCAAUCCACCAAAAUUAGUUUUUGGUGCGCUUUGUGUUGACAGGAGUGAUAUUGGCUUGAUUCUUGUCUGCAGGUUGUGAAUCACAAUCUCUGGUUCCCACAAAUGAGAUUGAAUGUAAACAGCAUGGGAUUGUUUGGUUUUACACGUCGACUCAAGUCGAUACUAAAACUGUUCCUUAUCCCAUAAAUGAUAAUGCACGAUGAAAUCUUUCCCUUUAUUUGGGAGCUAUACACAAU